AUGGGUGAUGUUGAGAAAGGCAAGAAGAUUUUUGUUCAGAAGUGUGCCCAGUGCCACACCAUGGAAAAGGGAGGCAAGCACAAGACAGGGUCUAAUCUCUUCGGGUGGAAGACAGGUCAGGCUGUUGGAUUCUCUUACACAGACACCAGUAAGAACAAAGGCAUCACCUGGGGAGAGGAUACUCUGAUGGAGUAUUUGGAGAAUCCCAAGAAGUACAUCCCUGGAACAAAAAUGAUCUUUGCCGGCAUUAAGAAGGCAAAAAGGGAAGACUUGAUAGCUUAUCUCAAAAAAGCUACUAAUGAGUAA